AUGGUGUCUACAGGCAAGCUAGGCAGACGAGCUCAUUUGUCAUGCUCAGUCGCAGGUGCAUGCGGCGUCUCUCUUGCCGGCUGUAAAGUCGCCUCCUUGUUCACUUCUUUGAGAACAUUUGCUGAAAACCUUACCUCGCUUGCUCUACCGACAGGCCUUCUUUUCACCGAGCGCCGUAUUCCUCUCAGCACGGAUCUGAUAGCGCUCUUCCUGUACCUGCUUCAGGACCAACAUACGCGCUCUCGCCGCAGGAACAACACUGCUGCCCUCAGCACCCUCGGAGAAAACGCUGAGAGCCCCGAGCUAUACAAGUAUAGUGCGAGCGCGUGCUCGCAUGGGGGCCCGAUUGAAUGCAACGACAACCUAAAACGCGAUAAUAUGGACCGCAUUUUCCACGAGUGCAGUCUCUACUGUUCUUAUGGACGACUUAUGGACGAACGCGGGACUGCCUUAGACUUCGCUAUUGACGGUUUCCGAGCAUCCAGCUUCGCGACGGCGACGACCUUCGGUGUUCGGAUCUCACAAUUUCGAAGGGAUUGA